GCAAUACAGCGAGAAGUGCUACUCUUGUGCAACCAACACCAUCAUUCCAUUGAUUCACAGACUUCAAAUUCCCCACAAGCAAACAAACAGUUAUCACUGUGAUUAGAUUUAUAACAAAGCCUGUGAUCACAGGCUUGUCUCAACGGAGAGAUACCAGCGCUGUCUCGGACUGGAAACUUGGAUACAACAUCAUAGGAUAUUUUUCUCCGCUAACCUUAUAGAUCGUCGUGCCGUGUUUUCAGUUUGAGAGUACUGGCGUAUCUAUUUGGAUACGUGCAAGUUACCAUUUAUGUCAGACUGAGUAACUGCUAUGACAGGGAAACUAGCGGACAAGCUCCCUCUUACCAUGAGCAGUUUAAUAAACACGAUUCCUGACAGUCUGUACUCUGAAGAGGACAUUCCGACGUCUAUGAACAUUUUCACCAAUACGGAUUCUAUUAAUCAUUACUCACAAAUGAAUACAGAUAACAUCAUGGACUUGGGGAUGGGAAGUGAAAAGGGCACAGCAGAGAUCCAGUAUGGUUCCAGUUUCCAGCCCAACCGCGGCGGACAGACGGUGACCUAUCUGGGGAAGUUUGCGUUUGACACGCCUCCGUCUGGUGGAAUCGGAGGCUCGGGCUGGUGCUCGGACAACAACAUCAUCAGCUUGGUGAGCGCAGGGAUCCUGGGUGUUUCCCCCUCACCCGGCACCAUCACCACCCAGACAUCGUCCUCUGGAGCCAGCAUGGGCGGCCAGUCGUCAGACAUGGAGCAGGUGUACGGCCCGCCAUUGCCCGCCUAUUCCACCUGCGGCGAUCUGUACCAGGACCAGGUGUCCUUCCACCACAGCCCAGCCACCAGCACCACCCUCCCCUACCCUGCCAAUGACUACCACUCCUCUUCCAAGCCCCCCAUGGAUGGCAGUCUGUUCUCCAUGAUUCCUGACUACAACCUCUUCCACCAUCAGGGGGAGGUUGGGGUGAUGGAGCACAAGCCUUUCCAGUCCAUGGACCCUAUCCGAGUCAACCCCCCUCCCAUCACCCCUCUGGAGACCAUUCGAGCCUUCAAAGACAAGCAGCAGAUCCACCCAGGGUUCAUAGGAGGUCAGCAGCAUACUCCUCAGCACCACCCUCCGCCUCAGACUCUAACCCUUAAGCCCAUCCGGCCGCGGAAGUACCCCAACCGCCCCAGUAAAACCCCCGUGCACGAACGUCCGCACGCCUGCCCGGCCGAGAACUGCGACAGGCGGUUCUCCCGUUCAGACGAACUGACGCGUCACCUCCGUAUCCACACCGGGCACAAACCCUUCCAGUGUCGGAUAUGCAUGCGCUCCUUCAGCCGGAGCGACCACCUGACCACCCACAUCCGCACGCACACGGGAGAGAAACCCUUCUCCUGCGAGUUCUGUGGACGCAAGUUUGCGAGGAGCGACGAGCGAAAGAGACACGCCAAGGUUCACCUCAAACAGAAGGACAAGAAGCCCACUGACAAGGGCAGUGGGGCGGCGGGAAGCCACACCUCUCCUCCUAACUCCUGUGGCAGUGCGGCAGCCGCCAGCGGCAAUAUCAUGACCGUCACGACCUGUGCAUAGAAUGGACUCUCACCAAACCCCAGAAGAAGAGACUGAGGAGGAAAGGGAUCUCAUCCAAUGUGACGAAUAGGUGACUCUGACUAUCUCUCUCUCUCUCAUAUUCCUCCUUUUUACAUUUUUCAUUUACAGGUAAUGUUUCAUCCCUCUAUUUUGAGAUAACCUUUGUUUUAAAAGAAGAGAGAGAAAGGAUAUAUUUUUUCUUCUCUCUCUCAUAUUUCAUAUUCAAGCGACAGUUGUGGCUCUGUUUCAGUGUAAGACAGAACCAGUAAGAAGAGAGCAUCAGGGCACGUUUGGUCCAAGAGGACAUGGCAUGUCUGAGUGUCUGAAGUUGUGUCCUGUUGUAUGUUUUAGGUGAAAUUCACUAAGAAUCCCAGACAGGUAAAGAUACCAUAAUUUAUCUAAUUGGGUUUCAAGUAGACUGAAUACAAUGGGGCUUAACAGAGUUUGAGAUAUAUCUAGGAUGUAUGCAUUGAUUUCAUUGCGUUGUUUUAAAGUGCAAUCAAUUGUAUUUGUGUACUGUUAUUGAUACCUUUUGAGAUGCACUUGCAAAUGCCUGUCUUUUUGUUGAAAAGUAUUUUUUAUAUUUUAUUGUUAUUGUUUUCCACAAAAGAAUGUGCCAAAUGUGUUGUGAUAAUACUACAGACAUUGUUCUCUUCAUUGUGCCUGGGAUUAACCAAACGUAGGAAAGACUUUAAAUAAGUUUCAGGCAUCGUUAGACUGGGAGGCCAAAACAUUAAUGUGAUUUCCUACUAUGCUUUUGCAAUUUUGAGCUUCUAUUUAAAAUAACUACAUUAAGUGGGUCAAAGGUCUAUUUGCAAAUGGACACACAUUACAAACCCAAUGCUGGCAUCUUACCCAUACGUGUAUGAGCUUUAGGCAUUAGUGUUGAGAUCACAGGGUCUUUGCCAUAGACUGUACCCCCGUUGUGUAUUAACAUCUGACCAUGUAGCUUAUGAAUCAUACCUGGCUGGAAUGUUUGGAUUGCAGGUUAAAUGAUGGGAGAUCAUUACAAAAUGACAUUAAGAAAGUAACAACUUGGUCUGGAAAACGUUUUUAUUUUAAUUUGUUAUUAUUGCAUACCCUUAUACAUGCCAUUGUCAGUUUUUUGUAUUUUUCUACCUUUCCAAAAUUCUUUGUAGUUAUGUAUGCAGAUGCAGGAAGCAGUGUGGCCAUCUUGGACAGACAAACAAUAUGACAAUUAAAGUGAGGGCCAAAACAAUUGAAACUGAAUAAAAAACUGUGCCUCUGUGCUACAAUGAAUUAUCAGUGCUUGGCUAGGACCAGCCAGAUGUUAGUUUUUAGACACAUUAAGGUAAAAUGCAAAUGUUUAGCAUAUUAUUGUUACAGUCAGCAGUCAGCGGCAUCAGUACCUAAAAUAUAUAGUCAUGUUUACAUCUUUUACUAUACUGAGAUAUUCUCAAUUGAGAACUAAGGGAAUUAUUAUUUUUGUACAGUAGUAUAUUGUAUUCAGGUAGCUAUGACUUACACUUUUUUACUCUGAAUGUCAAUGGCACCAUACUCAGUAUUAAAUUGUGCAUGUGUGUGUACACAGUAUGUAAAUACAAAUGUAUACAUACACUAAAUUUCAAUUGACUGAAUGCUUGUGCGAAAAGUUUCUUCAUACUUUUUGUGACAUAGGCCUAGUUAUGAGGCAGAAUAUUAGGAGAUCAUAAUUCAUAGCCAAAGUCGAUAGAACACUAAAACGGUGCCAAAUAUGUUUUUUUUUUCUUCAUUUAAUUUAUAACUUAUUUAAAUUGUCAGUUGUAAGAGUAAUACUCAAACUUAACAUACAAAAACAUAUAUUUUGGUUUUAAACAAAAUUGGGUGCAUCUUCACAGAUACGAAAGUUAAAUGAACACACUAAUCUUUCUCUGACUGUAAAGCCAUCACAAGUUUAUAAAAUCGUCAUUUAUUUGGAAAGAAAUCCAGAACUAUAUGUUCUAUGAGUAUAGAAAAUAUGGCACUUAUUUGGCAAAUAAUUAAAAUAGUCCAAAAAUAAGCCUUGGUCGUGCAAAAAUAUAUGUUAAUUAUUAUUUAUGGCACAUCUUUCAAAACACUGUAGGGUAACUGUGAAUGUAUUCUAAGUCCAGGUGUUUCCAAAACAUGUUCUAGCCUAUUAUUAAUAAAUGAUUAUGAAUGGCAGUCCAUUCGAGGGAUGGGAAUCAAAAACCUUAUCUAUUUAUACACUAAUAUGUAAAGUCCCUUUUGUUCUCAGUGCUCUGGUCAGUUGAAGUUGGGAAAUGUCUGUAGAAUCUGUCCUGAAGAGUCGUUAUUUUCCUCAUCUUGUUAAUGCCUUCCAUCCCCCACUAAGCUCUAUGCAUUGUUGUGCACAGUUCAAUGUGGCUUCUGUUUGAUGGUACUGACUAUGUCACUUACCAUAGGACUGAUAUUGGAGAAAAUCAUUCAUGUUGUGUUUUUCUAACAGAAAGUAUUACCUUGAGGAUGAACUGCAAACCCAGACAAAAGGUAUUUGUUAGAGGACUCCCUCCGAGAAACAGUGCUUCCACAUUUGUUUUGUCUUGUGCAAACCAGCUUUCUGGAAAGUGUCCACUUUUUCCCCCAAUUAAUUUCGUCCGAUUCUUUCCACUUCAGCAUGGUCAGAUGAGCAGGUUGCUGUCUGGCACAGGUCAAGCAUACAGUAUCAACUUAAUGUUUACAAAUUUAUUUCGGAUUUUUAAGCACAUGAAGCCACUAAAGCUACAGUGGUGGUAAAUAAAAUAUACAUUCAGCAGCUAGCUGACACAAGGUCAUUGCUUUAUGUGAUACAUGCAGCUGUAACAAAGAUUUCAAGAAAUUUUUUUUUUGUGGUUGUAGAAAACCUUACCUCUAAUUAGGAAGGUGUAUGUUGAAGACGAGAAAAUGACAAACACCCAUCUGUCAUCGAAAGCAGGGUUAUCAUAACAGCAACGCAAUCUCAAUCACCAUCUGACACAUCCUUGACCUGUUUUUUCCCCAGAUUGAGUCUGUCAGAAUUCAUAAUCUCCACCCCAGUCCGUUUAUUCUUUUAUUUGGACAUUCUAAUGAUUGUGGGAUUUUUUUGUUCAGUUUCUCCUGUGUAACUGAGCAGGAUUAGAGAGCUUGCCUCACAUCUUUGUCUCAUGCUGUCAGUUCUCUGCUCCAUUCUGGAUGCGAGCCAACCUUAGCAGUCAUUUCUGUGCCAAAUUAGGUUGCAAGGCCGGGUGAUUAGGAACAAUAUGGGAUGAGAGCUUCACUGAAGAAACAAAAAACGUAAAUGUGACCUCAGUCAGUUUACAGCUCAAGGAAGGCCUUUGCUAAUGUCUGUGUUUACUCGUUUAAUUUACUCCCAGCAAAGCCAUCUUUGUUUGAAGUCAUUUCCAAGGCAAGUAAAUACAUAAAAUAAUCUUUGUGGCUAGAGUGCUCAAUACUGUAAAAUGUGUAGACUGUGACAGGCUUAUCUUGGGUACUAAAAGGUGCUGCAGCUGUUAUGAGAAGCUGGGAUCAAAAAUGAUCAACAUGGUGAAUAGGCUACAAAAUACAUAAAUUGUUCUGUUCUCUGUUAUCUCUUGUAUUUCCUUUUCAUUAUAACCUCAUGACUGCAUGUGCACGGAAUGUGUUGCAAACAUUUUUAUCCACUAUAAGAUUCUAAAGGUGGAGCUCAAUAAUUUUGUAAUGCAUGGAAAUAAUUAUAACAAUGGGAACAUUAAACAUGAAUAAUAUCAAUGGGACAAACUGUUGAACAACAAUUACGGACAAACAAUUGGACAAAAUCAAUGGGAUUAGAUAACUGUCUUAAAAAAACAAGAGGUCUUGUUGAAAAUGUUGUGGAUGUUUUUACUUGUUUCAAUUACCUUAUAAUAAGGUCCUUAUAUGAAUUCUGAAUAUUGUAAUGAACUGUAUUAUUACUAUCCUCUGUGAUGGGGAGAUGUGCUCCUCGUUGUUUAAUUGGCACUUCGGUUUAUUGUGAUGCAAUUGUUUUGUCCUUUCUAU